AUGGCGUCUAAAGGCAUUUCUUUUAUGAACCUCUUUUUGUUGUUAUUAGCUCUUUCAUUAUCCUGGAUUGAGUUUUCAGAUGCCCAAACACCAACAAACCAAAACAUUUCGAUUUUCAGCCGCAAAAGUUUCCCAAAGGAUUUCACAUUUGGAGCAGCUUCAGCUGCCUAUCAGUAUGAAGGAGCGUCAACGGAGGAUGAAAGAGGACCAAGUAUAUGGGACACUUUCAGCCAAAAUUACCCAAAUAAAAUAGCAGAUCAUACAACUGGUAACGUAACCAACGAUUUUUAUCAUCGAUACAAGGAAGACAUUCAACUGAUGAAAUCCCUGGGAUUGGAUAGUUUCAGAUUAUCCAUUUCAUGGUCAAGAGUUAUACCAAGUGGAAAGCUAAGCAAAGGAGUCAACAAAGCAGGAAUUGCCUUUUAUAAUAACGUCAUCAACGAGCUACUAGCAAAUGGAAUAACGCCAUUUGUGACAAUUUUCCAUUGGGAUCUUCCUCAACCUUUGGAAGAUGAAUAUGGUGGCUUUCUAAGCUCUCGCAUCGUGGACGACUAUGUUGAUUUUUCCGAAUUGUGUUUCAAAGAAUUUGGCGAUAGAGUCAAACAUUGGACAACCUUCAACGAGCCAUUAACAUUUACCGCUGCCGGCUAUGACUCCGGCAUCUUAGCUCCCGGCCGAUGUUCUUCAUGGAGAAACAACGAUUGCCCGGCAGGCAACUCCGCCACCGAACCUUACUUGGUUGCUCACAAUAUCCUCCUUUCUCAUGGUGCAAUAGUUGAUCUAUACCGGAAGAAAUACAAGCCAUCUCAAAAUGGAGAGAUAGGGAUCGUUCUCAACCCUACUUGGUAUGUACCAUACACCAGCAACAAAGCCGACAAACAAGCAGCGCGACGAGCAUUGGAAUUUGCAUAUGGAUGGUUUUUGGACCCUUUAGUUCAUGGUGAUUAUCCUCCAACCAUGCGCCGCCUCGUCGGCCGUCGGUUGCCGAAAUUCACGGCCGAGCAGUCAAAAUUGGUCAAAGGGUCGUUGGAUUACUUGGGAGUCAAUUAUUAUUCCGCAAGCUUUGCUGCUCAUCUUCCCUCUCGCAAUCGCCUUGGUGCCAACAUCAGCUAUACAACUGAUAGCCAAACCAAUCUCACCACAAUUAGGAAAGGAUUAACUAUUGGUGAAGCGGAAGGAGUAUCAGGGCUUUUCGUAUAUCCACAAGGACUUCGUGAAAUUCUUGUCUAUACUAAAAACAAGUACAACAAUCCCAAACUUUAUGUUACGGAAAAUGGAUAUGGAGAUCGCAACGUCUCUAAUGUUGAAGAAGCUAUCAAGGAUUUGGGAAGAGCUCGCUUCUAUGAAGGCCAUCUCAAAGCAAUUAAACAAGCCAUCGAUGAGGGGGUUAAAGUGAAGGGUUUCUUUCCAUGGUCAUUCAUGGACAUGUGGGAAUGGAAUUCGGGUUUCGCACAGAAUUACGGUUUGAUAUUUGUGGAUCGUAAGAAUGGAUUGAAACGACACCUCAAAACUUCAGCUCUUUGGUACAAGAAGUUUCUCAAUGCCUAG